AUGGAACAGGAGAACAUCCCCAAACGCAAGCACAACAUGAAAGAUCUCUACCGCGAGCUAUCGAAACGUUACAACACCAUGCCCAUCUACAUCACAGACCCAGCCAUCUUUAACUACCAGUGCGCAACCGCCAUGAGCGAGGCCUCGGGCUCUGAAGAGUUUAUCGAGAUGGUGGCCGACAUCAAGGAGAGCAACAUGGCUGAGGCCGUCACCUAUGCCCAGAACAUGUUUGCAGAGCAAGACGACCGCUUCCCCGGCCUGACCUGCCUCGUUUCUAUGGAUUCUAUAUUAGAUCUCGCAGGUGUUCCUGUCUACGAGAAUUUGUUCCAGGAGGAUAGACCCACGAUGAAUGAACUUGACCCCGAAUGGCUGUCUGACAUCAAGGACUAUCUCCCGGAAAGGAGCGAGUGUAUUGGUGGCCGCCCACCUAACUACUUGAGCUCAGAAGAGUCAGACUCGGAGGACGACGCGCAGUCUGAUUACUCGGAAUCUAGCGUAGACGAGGUACCCGUCAAGCCUAGAAAGAGGAUAAGGCGCGGUGCAUCUCCGUCGACCACUGGCAGCUCCUCAACUUCAGCCAGCACCGAAGGACGCACUCUCCGGAAUGGUAAGCGAACACGCACACCCGACGAUGCUGAUACUGUCGUCGAUGAGGCCCCCAAGAACAAGCGCCGACGGAAGGGUAAGACGUCUAGCAGCAACAGCAGCAACAGCAACAACAGCAGCAGCAACAGCAGCAGCAGCCAUUCGGCAUCCCUUCCAUCCGUCACCGAGUCGGCCCCGGAUCCAGACGCCGAAUAUGACCUCCUGGAUGAUGGAGACUUUCCGCUGCUGAGGAGAUCAGGUCGUCUGAACAGGAUCGCAGGCCGGAGGAGCGCCUGA